AUGGACACCUCGGAGGUUCAAAGACAUGAAACCCAUGUCGGCAAUACACCCACUGGUAGCACUGAGACAUCAGGUCGCAGCCGGGCCAAUUCGGACGCUGUUUUUACCGGAAACACACCCCUCACAGAAACACGUUCCGAUACCAACGAUCAGGUUCCCCAGAUAGCAGUUGUUGAGACUGAGAUCGCUUCGGGUGGCAUGAACAGUAGCCGUGGGAGUAGAUAUUUUAUCAAGCUUGUUCAGCUCAGCCAGCAGCAAUAG